ACUGUAAACAGCAGUAGAACAAGAAAUUAGCAUCUAGCAUCCUAGCAUGUCCGAUUGAAUGUGGAAAUGGCGACGAUUACAGCAGUUUUUUAUCAUUGAUCUUGAACAUUUCCCUUUUAAUUCUAUAAUAUUGCAUAUUUCAAAAUUCAUAUAAGUAGGUUACACUCCGUUUAACGUUACUUACUGUUUUAAAGCAUGAACGCCCUUGUCGGCUACAGUGGCUCGUCAGAAUCAGACAGUGAUGGAGACGCAUCUGAGAAUGUAAACAAUCAUCACGGAGGCAUUGAAACCGAUGUCGUCGAUGGAGCACCACGAGACAAAAAGACGCGAAACUUCUUGUUGGAGACCGGUUCCGCUACCAGUGAGUCUGAUGAAUCUGACCACGGAGACCCAGCGCCCUACUCGGCAGUACAUCUAAGCAGAAGCAUGUCCGGUCUGUCUUCUGAUUCCUCCACGACCAGCCCUCAAAAACUGCCUCCUCCAAGUCUGCAUGGCUGUUCAGAAAGCAGUGUGUUUGACAACCCUUUUAAAGCUCAGGCAGAGCAAAAACUCAGUGCCUUGCAGAAACAUGUUCCACUCACAAUGCAGGCCAAGCCCUCCCAGAUUGGUGGGAAAAAGAUGUGCGUCUCCUAUAGGAAAAGCGGAAGAUGUCGAUUUGGAAUCAAGUGCAAGUUUGCACACGACAGUGAUCUCCAGACUGCAAUUAUUCCCGAUGACUCUCAUGCAACUCUGAGUGAGGAAAUGGAACUUGGGUCACGCACAGGUGGCUUCCACAAGUCCCAUAAAGAGGGCGAGCAGGAUGAGUCAGAAGGUCAACGGGUGAAGAAGCGAAGGGUUGGUGUGAGUGACACACUUGUUCCUCCCAAGAAAGCCAUGAAGCAGUACAACAUGUUAAGGAGCAGGGAGGGUUGGCAGUGAAUGAUCACGUUUCAGUGCUACUGACGACGAGGAUCAAUGCCAUGAUCGCUUCCAGUCAAAAUGGAUUGGACGUUUGUCGUCGUCAAUGGCAACAAAUUAGUAUUUGAUGAGAAUCUCGUCAUUGGAACUCAACAUUUUGAUUCUGGUUGACAGGUUUUCUGGUUAUUGACACUGAAAUAUGGACACUGAAAAACCAUUAGUUGUUAAGACAUUUAUUUACAAACUAUAAAUGAAAAGUUGGCAAAUGUGCUCCAACAGGAUCCUAAACCUCAUUUUCUUCUCAUAGUUCAUACCAUACUGUAAAAUAUUAUCUGUACAGGUUAUUUCUUCUGUUAAAAUCUAUGAACAUAUAAUGACAAAUUCUUUGACUUAUGUACAAGAACAGUCAAUUUUCAUGUUAUAUGAAUACAUACUAGUACACUUAUCUUUAACAAUUAAUGGUUUAAUAAACCGAAAAAGUACUCAAUCACAAAUACAUGUUAGUGGCAGCCCUCUCAUUGGUUAUUACAUAUGGUGUGGACUUAAUAAAUAAAUACAUGGCUUAAGUAACACUUAUUAUCUGUUUGGUUACUAGAUUUCUACAGUGUUUUGUAACUAAAUUUAAAAAAUGAGACACUGGACAUCAAAUGUUGUGCUGUCGAUUACUUACAAGUAUGCCUUCAUAGAGCUUAUUAUUAAUAGCUUUACAAUGAUAUAUCAGCACACACAUAAAAAGCUAGUGAUGUUCACAGGACAACUAUGUACAAAGGUACGCACGCACUUUUAGUUCCCUGAUAACCUACCUAUUCUAUAAAAAAAAAAAAAAAAAAAAAAAUGCUAAAAAAUAUGAGUGAACCUACAUAAAACCUCUUAACUUUGCUUUACAGUAUUGUUGUGACAUCAUGUGGUUCUUUCCGUUAGUGCGCACCCUCAUAGUUUCAAAUGACAACCCGCUGCACGUCUUCCGCGACGUUGUCAGACAGGACGGCCCCUUGGUCCAUUUGCUCCCAGGCCACACCGUUCGCCCCUGCCCCUUCUGUUGAAUGGAAAGAGUUAGCUGGUGUGGAUGGAGGAGCCAGUGCAGGAUUGAAAGAGUUAGCUGGUGUGGAUGCAGGAGCCAGUGCAGGAUUGUCCGGGAUAUAGGUUUUACUGUUGGACGCCUCCUGAGGCUGAGAUGGAGAAAGGAGCGGGGGGCUAGAAGGGAUUGUCUGCAAAAUGGUAAACUGCUGAGAGGUGGCAAGGAUUGAGAUCUGCUGUAUGGGAGUCUCAGAUGGACUAACUGGCUGGAAGGCCAUUUGGAGGACUUGUCCUUGGUUCUGUUGCUGGGAGGAAUAGGGCUGAAGAGGCUGGAGCUGGGGUUGCUGUUGGGCCACCACCGCCGGGGAAUUCAGGGUGAGUUGCGGGGGUUGUUGAACAAACUGGACGGGCAUCUGGAGCUGUAGUUGAGUCUGCUG